GACACGGUUGUGAAGUGCAAAAAUUCCCCAUCACCAUGAUACUCCAGCAAAAUCAGCUCGAACAUGGUGUCCGUGUUAAAGUGGGGCACCAUUUUGGGACGGUUCGCUACGUGGGCGAGGUUCCCAAUACGGAUGGCGAAUGGAUCGGUAUCGAAUGGGAUGAUCCGGAGCGGGGUAAACAUUCGGGCACGGUUAACGGUGUGCAGUACUUCCAGACAAGAUCACCGACGGCUGGUUCGAUGAUACGCAGCGAGAAGCUCACCAAAUUCCAAACCCUCGAACAGGCCAUCACAGAGAAGUACACCAUGACGGCCGAUACGGUGCGGAUCGAUUCCGAGAUGAUCCGGGCGGUGCAGAAGCAACUGCACGCACCACUGUUUGAGGUUGUGGGCAUGGAGAAGGUGGGUGGAAAGCAGAGCAAUUUGCAGCGGCUGGUGGACGUUUCGGUGCGAAACUAUCCGGUGAAUGUGGCCGGCGAUUUGAGUAACUUUGGCAAUCUUCAAAUGCUCGACGUGUCCGGGACGCUCCUGUGGAACUGGACCGUUGUUGGGAACAUUGCUGAGCAGAUACCGAGCCUGGAGGAGCUGAAUUUAUCGAACAACCGUUUCACCGAUCCGUACGAGGAACAAAUCAGUAUGUUGGCACAGAAAUUCCAAAACAUUCGCAAAAUCAUUCUCAAAAGCUGCAUGAUCCGAUCGUGGAGCGAGCUUGUCCGGCUGGCACGGAUGUGGCCCGCAAUAGAAUAUCUUUCCCUGGAGCAGAACGAAAUCGAGUACAUUGAGGAUGAAGCGCCGUACAUCGUUGCCCUAAGUCGUCUUAAAAUUCUUGACCUUCAAAAUAAUUCCGUUGGCGAUGUGGAAUCGAUCCGCAAUCUGGGCAAGUUGCCCGCUCUCGAGGAGCUGCUGCUGAACGGGAACGGUAUCCGUGAGGUACGGUUCCCGGACUGUCCACACAACGAAAAGGUGGACCUAUUCCGACAGCUACGCACGCUCUAUCUACGGGACAAUCCGCUACAGGACCAGUGCAGCACCUUCAACGAAAUUGACAAGCUGGCCCAUCUGGAAGUCGUCACACUCGAUCCGGAUCCGGCCGUAAGCUACGAGGAAACGGUGGCCCGUAUUGUCGGUUCGAUCGCAAGCUUGCGUAUGUUCAAUCGGGCUACGAUCAGCGAAAAGUUACGCCGCGAUUCCGAGUGCGACAUGUGGAAACUGUACGCGAACCAAUGGGCGGAAGUACGCAACGAUGCGCAGCGGUUGAAGGCAUUCUUCAAGUCGCAUCGCAUGUAUCCGCGUGUGAUGGAACGGCUGGGCAGUCCGGAGCAAUUUCUGCCCGAUACGCGCAAGGUCACGAACAUGAUCCAUCUGCAGCUGCUGAACGAAAAGACGGCCGAGCGGCGGGAAAAGAAAGUUCCCAAGCGCAUCAAUCUGCACACGCUGCAGAACUUGAUCGUGAAGAUGUUCGGUUUGCCGGAUUGUACGUUCUCGCUACGACUGUACCUGUUGGAUCGGAAGCGCAAGGUGCGAAUACCGCUGGAGAAUCAUGGCAAAAGUUUGGACUUUUACUCGGUCGAGGAUAACGAUACGAUCGUGUUCGAAUGA